UUAUCGAGGCGUCGGUUAGUUGCAAAUGCUGCUGGUAAUGAGAAACAAGGCACAAAAACAUUCGAUUUUUUUUUGAUCAUUUGGAGUGUCCCCACAUGGGGGGGGUCGGGGCAGAGGACUUAACGACCGAACGCUUGGAUCUGAGAGAUUUCCAAGUUGAAAGAGUUCUAUUCUAAUAAUAUGACUGAGAAGAGUUUCGUUUCAACAACUCUAUACUGAAGCGAUGACACGCUAAAAAUUCAUUGGUCUAAUAUCUUGGUUCUAGAAAUAGUCAAAUCAUUCUGCAAUAACGUGUCGAGGCCGAUAUACUGGAUUGCAAAUUUAAAGAUCUGCAAGUCAAUUUUCUUUAGUCUGGCGCCCAGGUCAACUCCCCUGUCCUCAGCUACUGAAAGCUGGAUAAUAUUUGGUAUCCUUUAGGAUAAAUACAAAUUAUCCUGCCUCGCCAACACAUCAGUUCUACUAAGCUGGCAGACUGAAAGACUUAAUUGGAGCGAAGAUUCAAAGCCGAAGAACUUGUCGCCAAGAGGAAAACUUAAAAGAAAAAAUGAUGAAUUGAGUUUGACAGCUGCAAGAGACAAGAAGUGUUGAGAAUUUUCUCAGCUAGACUUGAAAUAUAGUGAAAAUAGUGCUGGAAAGUGACUCUAGUGAUUUUGAAACGCCUACAAUAUGAAUAGAACAAGAAAUGAUACGAGGUCUGCGAGGAUGACGUCCGUGUUCGAAGAAUCGAAUGUAUCGAAAGCAUUCAAGACCACUGCAUAUAGUAUUAUUCUGUUGACAAGCUUGGUCGGUAAUUGUCUCUUGAUUCUAGCGAUCAAACGGAAUAUUAAUGGGAGAAUGAGGACUGUGAGUAAUCUCCUGAUUGCAAGUGUGGCACUGUCAGACCUUAUCAUGACAGUCUGGAGCUUCCCAGAGCGAAUGACAAGAAUCUUAACCAACGAUUCUUGGCUUGUUCCAGGGGUGAUGGGAUCUAUACUUUGCAAGAUUGUGAACUUCGUCGAGAAGGUCUCAAUCACGGUGUCUGUUACGCAUCUUGGAGCUCUGUCAGUGGAACGAUUCCUAGCGGUAUUUUCUCCUUAUAAGACAGUUAUAAAGCUACCAUAUGUAAAGUUCAUAACAGGGGCCUUGUGGAUUGGCAGCGUCGUGUACUGGUCGCCUAUACUCCACUUCGGGAAUAUCAUAGUAACAAAACGGGGUCUUAAGUGUGAAGUUCGGAGCUUCAUUUCGUCCUGGAGGCAGUGGUAUCUAGCAUUCAUAAUAAUACUCUGUGCAGUGAUGAUAGUAAUUCUCGUCCUCUACACGGCUAUUGCUGUUAAUUUAUGCCGUCGUAAAGAUCCAAGGAUGAGGCUCGUCACACAAAGAAAAAAGUCUGAUCAUAUUAAAAGAAGAGUGGUAGUAAUGGUUGGAGUGAUCAUCAUCACUUUUUAUGCUUGCUUUCUUCCUUAUUGGAUCGGCUGGGUUUCAUGUUCGUACGCUCCGAACAUGCCGGAAAGGAUUUGCAACCGAACGUACAAGUUUAUUUCGAUCUUAUUUUCGUAUAUGAGCUGCAUGACCAAUCCUAUCGUAUGUUUUCUUUUUAUUGGAUACUUUAGGUUUGCAUUCAAAGCGAUUAUACUUGACCCACUAAAUCGAAAAAGUAAUGAACUUCGAUUAAGGUUACGAAGGAAAAGUUCCUUGACAGAAAUUGAUAGCGUGGUGCCGUUACAAGUAAGAAAGAAUGGAGAAAACCACGGAAUCAAACACGAAGAGGAAGAGACUGACAACUCAAACCACAAUGACCAACUUUUGCAACAGAAUAAUAUUAAUAGCGGAUCUACGAGCAUUAUAAUUCAACAACCCCCGGAUGAGUGCUCUUCGCUUGAUUCAGAACCACCGAGCCGUCGCGAAGACGAAAGCUACGAAGAAAACAAUCCCAAAGACGCUCCUAAUAAAACAGAACAAUUAGAAGUUGAAAACACCAAAACUAGUCAUAAUAGAAACACCGCUAUAUGUAUUCCCACAGUUUACGGCACGCCACUUUAAAGCAGUUGGAUUUUUGAAAAAAGUCGCCUGAGGCGAAACUAGAUCAGUAAUAAAAUAAAUGAGAUUGGAAAAACACCACACUUGAAUUUAAAAACAAAGCCGUUCGUUCGGAUCUUUAAGUGUCGGAUAGGCUGUCGGAUAUAGCUCGACAUUCUGUCAUCAAUAAGGGUUUUGAUCUUAAGUGAAAGAUUGCUAAAUCGGUUUCGCGUAAGAGCUAAAGUAGCUAAAGUAAAGAAUUAGGAAAAUAAAUGCCAGAUUAAAAUCGUAUAGCAAACAUCAAAUCCAAACAGAGGAUUAUAUGGCUUUUUCAGUUAUUGAUUCGGUUUAGAAGUAGAAACAAAGUAUUGAGGUGUUAAGAAUAGUAUAUCUAACAGGUUGGGUAUUAGAAAKGUCUUAUUGAUAGCCGUGAUGGUAGAAUACCCAGUAAGAUAUCAGCACAAAAAUAAGAAAAAAAGGAAAGAAAAAAAAGAAGAAAAAAAUAGAAAAAARAAAGAAAGAAAAAAAACCCCGCACAUUUCUUUUGCUUUAAAAAAAUGCUUCGAGGAUUUUCCUCCAGGUUCUGCGGUUUUCCUCCAUCCGCAAAACCUCAGCAUAAAAAUUCAAGUUGGCUGCCUUAGAUCAGCCCAGAGGUUGUUUCAGGGUUCGAUCUGUGAGUUAGCCGUGCCCUGACUUAGAUCAGGCCAGAUGUUGUUUCAGGGUUUGAUCUGUGCGUUAGCCAUGCGCUGACUUACAUCAGCACAGAGAUUGUCUCAGGGUUCGCGAUCUGUGCGUUAGCCAUGCGAUGACUUACAUCAGCACAGAGGUAGUUUCGGGGUUCGAUCUGUUAGUUAGGCGUGCCCUGACUUACAUCAGAUAAUGGUUAUUUCCGCCAUUUCAGGGUUCGAUAAAAGGGACAGCCGAUCAAAGAUUUUUUAUCAAUUACAUACAUAUAUAUAUAUAUAUAUAUAUAUACCCCCUAACUUAUCAAACACAUAUACCUUGAAAUCAUAGCUACAUACAAACACUUUAGCCCCUGGUUUAGUCCAUAUAAGUGCCUGCAAUAUAUUAGAACUAACUAAUUGUCACUGCUAAUGGCCGGAUGGCCUCGACGAUAUGUUUUCCUUGUUACCCGCCAUCAAAGCUAAGUGAAAACUAACAAAAAUGUCUAAUAAUUUCUAGUUCUAAGUUGAUAAAUAAAGGAUAUUCCGAGUGUA